AUGCCCGAAGUAGAGAUGGUGGAAGGAGAGGAAAUCUCUCACGAAGAAGCCAAUCGCCCGGGUUGGACGACAGCACUGGGCAGGAACAAGAAAGCUCGUGUAGAAACGCCAGUUUCGGCGGGCAACGCAUCACAUGUGGGCUCGAAGGGAGGCCGCCGCACGGCAACCCCGCAAGGUGCAAUGAAGCGCCUCGCAGCUGCAUCGAGGCUCCCCCGGCUGCCGAGGGACCACAUACGAAUUAUCGUCAGGCCGAGGGACGGACUUGACGUCAGAAAAGUAAGCCAAAUUAGGCUCGCCCAGGCUAUUGCCAUGGCGGCUGCUCUUGCCCCGGCAGAGACCGAGGGGGACAUCGUUUGCCCAAACAUCGCACAGAACAUUCUCGUAGUUUCUACUCCGGAGAAGAAGAACGCAAACGCCUACGCCGCGAUCCAACAGAUUCGGAUAAGCGAAGGAAUGUACCAUGUGGCGGCAUAUAUCGCGGCCCCCGAUAACACCUGCAAAGGAGUCAUACGAGGAGUGGACACUGACAUUAGCGAGGCCCAGCUCCAAACAAUGAUCGUCAACCAGCGAAAUCCGAAGGCCCUAGAAGCCAAAAGGAUCAAGAACACCACCACGGUGGUAGUGCUUUUCGACGGCAUGAAGGUACCAAACUACGUCAUGUGCGGCGUCAGCUUGCUGCGCUGCACGCUCUACAAGCGCCAAACCGACGUGUGCUACGCGUGUGGAGGCCUUGGACACAGGGCCGAUGUUUGCCCCAACCCCAACAAGAGGGUGUGCAGGGGCUGUGGGCUCGUCUCCCCACCCGACGAUCACCAGUGCUCGCCGAAAUGUGCCCUUUGCGGAGGACCACAUCCCACGGCGGACAGAAUGUGCAAAGAACGCUUUCAAGUGCCUUACGUCGUGCGACGGAGAAGACGACGGCGCCGACAGCGCGCCAAAAAGUCUCAGCAACAGCUGGCCGAAGAGGACCGGUCAAGGGAUUCCAGCGUGGCAAGUGCUCCCAGGCAGGGGCGUUCCGUCACGCCAGCUGGCCGCCGGCGCGGCCGCUCCAGGGGCCGCGCUCGCACCAAAGGGCGCUCUUGCUCCCGGGCGCGAUUCCAGGAGGUACCUACCUGGGCGGAUCGAGCCAAGCCGAAGCCAGCGGCGCCGCCACCAGAGGUAACGCAGGUACCAUUGCCAGAGCACAGGGAAGACCCCAGGGUAGCUAAGUUGAUCCAAGAGAAUGCGUGCCUUAAGGCAGAGAUUCAACAGCUGAGGGCUGACCUUGAGUCGUUCCGCAAACAUUGCUCCUCGCAGGGUGAGAGACAGCAGAUGCCCCCACCAGGGGACGCGCAGGCGCGCUCGGGUAAACGUAGGGCCUCACCCCCCCAAGGGGAGUGGGACGCUAUGGAGACCGAAUCCAACAGCAAGGCUCUGGAAAGCAUGCAGCAGUCGAUUAAACAACUGGCUGAUAGCAUGACUACCCUACUCAAAAGGGUGUCGUCUCUUGAAAGUACACAGGCAGCGCUAGCUACGGGUAGCUCGCCUCCGAAGGGCCCGAACAGGGCACAGUCGCCUGCAGGCGCGCUUGGCAACAGCAAGGCUGAGGUCAUUAUCCUCGAAAUAAUCCCCAACAACUGGCUCAAGAACAGCGUAUUCCUCCUGAAUGUUUACAGCUCGCCGUCGGACAAGCGGCAGGCGUUUGCUUCGAUCAUGGCAAAAGCGGUGGCUCUGGCCAGGGGGGCCCCCAUCGUGGUAGCGGGAGACUUUAAUGCUCCGCACGACGCUUGGGGCUACCCUAGGCAAUCCCCCAAGGGCAACAACCUCCUAAAGGCUGUAUCGAACUGUUCUAUGGAAUUGAUUACGGAUCCGCAAUACCCGACGAGAACUGGCACAUCGGUUGUCCGAGACACAACUCCGGACUUGGCGUUCGUCAAGAACGUCGCCGGAGCAGGGUGGCAAAAUUUGCAAGAGAAUCUAGGUAGCGACCACUUCAUAGUGGCUAUUACCCUAGCAGUCAAUGCAGCUCCCCCCAGGGAAUUUAAAGUAACGGACUGGGAUGCCUUUCGUAAAUUGCGGAAGGAGGACCAAGAUGAAUAUGACAGCUUAGACAGCCUCUUUGCAAAGCUCAAGGAGGAUGCUAAUGCUGCGACCAAGGUUGUCAAAACGGACCUGAGGGUUGAUCGGAUGGAUGCACGUCUCGCGCAUCUCUUAGAGGCAAAGAAUUCCAUCCUGUCCCGAUGGAGGACGCAAAGGCUCAAUCGCAGACUUCGAAAGAAAAUUGCGGAACUCAAUCGCGAGAUCGAGGCGUACUCUAUUGAACUCUCCAAACAGCAGUGGAAUGAAGUAUGUUCUUCGGUUGACGGACAGAUGAGAGUGGGGGCCAAAUGGAACCUCCUCAAACACUUACUUGAUGAGUCACAGUCGAAGGGAAAUCAGAGAUUGGCUAUUGACAGAAUCGUUCACAACCAAAAAGCAAAGGGAAUGUCCGAAAAGGCCCUUCUGAAGAGGUUAGCGGACAGCUAUCUUCCGCUGGGCCCUUCCGGCAGUGCGGAUUAUCCGCAUUACAGGGGUGGAACGGUGGAGGAGCUGGACGCUCCUUUCACUGAAGCAGAAAUUUGGGCGGUCCUCCACGAGCUCAACGGACGCUCUGCACCGGGCCCGGAUGGAAUCUCAAAUAAGCUCUUACGUAACUUGGAUGGCAAAUCCGUCGAGAAGCUUACCGAGGAAGUCAACAAAAUCUGGGAGACGGGGCACGUACCCGAAUCCUGGAAGACAGCUUCGGUAGCGCUCAUCCCAAAGCCAGGCAAGCCUCUAGCGCUGGAGAACAUGCGACCCAUCUCGCUUACGUCCUGCGUGGGCAAGGUGGCCGAACAUGCAAUCCACCAUCGGGUAUCCGAGUACAUAGAAAGCAAAGAGCUAUUUCCACAGAAUAUGGUAGGAUUCAGACCUGCACUAUCCACACAGGACGUCAUGCUCCUUAUAAAGAGACAAAUCAUUGACAACAACACUAGGGAUACUAGAGGCAUACUAGCUCUAGACCUGGCCAAAGCUUUUGAUAAUAUAUCGCACAAGUUUGUGCUUGAGGCAAUUUCGGAUAUGGGUCUAGGACAACGGUUCCAUGCAUACGUUAGCUCCUUUCUCAGGGAUCGCAGGGCUACCAUUAGAAUCGGUCAAAUCCAAUCCGCAGAAUUUACCUUGGGAGCGAGAGGUACCCCACAGGGGGCAGUUAUCUCUCCUCUACUCUUCAAUAUUGCCAUGAAGGGCCUCUCGGAGCGACUCGCUACGGUGCGCGGAGUUAACCAUGCUCUGUACGCGGACGAUAUCACCGUGUGGUGCAUGGGAGGGUCCGACGCCGGGGUAGAGCAGGCCCUUCAAGAGGCACUAGACAUCACAGAGAACUUUCUAGUCGGUUCGGGCCUGAGCCUGUCAUCGGCCAAGUCUGAGUUAUUACUAUACAGACCCACCCGACAAGGGCUGAGGAACCUCACUCCUUUAGAACAGAUUCCCAUAGCUUUACACACACGGGCUGGGCAGAAAAUACCCAGGGUGGACUCCAUCAGGGUCCUCGGACUCCUGCUAGAGUCCAAGGGGGGCAACUCACGGACUAUAGCCCGCAUCACCUCCAAGACGGAGAACAUGCUUAGGCUCAUACUCAGGGUUUCGAACCGCAGGGGUGGGCUGAGCGAGAGCAAUCUCCUUCGGCUCUAUCAUGCAUUUCUCAUGAGCCACAUUAAUUAUGUCGCUUCGGCGUUGCACUGGUCCAAAAGGGAAGAGGCAAAAAUUGAUACACUAAUGCGCAAAAGCAUAAAGCGAGUUCUAGGCUUGCCUAUCCACACCAGUACCGAGAAGCUCCUACAAUUGGGCAUACAUAACUCCCUCUCGGAGGUGAUCGAGGCCCAGCAGAUGGCUCAGGUCGUGCGACUAUCGUCCUCGCGGGCUGGUAGGCGCAUCCUGGAGUCCAUAGGCUGCGCUCCGACGGAGACUACCCAGCGUAAUGUGACACUACCACCUUUGAUCAGAGGCACGUUUCUGGCUACACCCGAACGUUGUCCCGACUGCGACGAAGAUACUACUGGCCCAAACUACCUGCUGCUGUGGAACAUCACGUCCAGACUUGUGCUGACUGCCAAAGACGCAAAGCGCCACCCGGUAAACCAGCGGGCCUAUUACAUUCUGUAG